AUGCCGGAGAAUCGCGUGAAAUAUAUUUUGGUGACUGGCGGUGUGAUUUCCGGUGUCGGCAAAGGCAUCAUCUCAUCGAGCUUGGGAGUGCUAUUGAAGAAUAAUGGCUACAAGGUUUCCGCCAUUAAAAUCGAUCCUUAUUUGAACGAGGACGCUGGAACCUUCUCGCCGUACGAGCACGGCGAGGUCUUCGUGCUUGACGACGGUGGCGAAGUCGACCUCGAUUUGGGAAACUAUGAACGGUUUCUCGACAUUCGCCUAACUCGCGAUAACAAUAUCACAACCGGAAAAAUGUUCAAGCAUGUGAUGGAGCGCGAGAGACGCGGCGAUUAUUGCGGAAAAACGGUUCAAAUGAUUCCGCAUUUGACCGACGCCAUUAAUGAUUGGGUGGAGAGAGUCGCCCAAAUUCCAGUGGACGGAACACAGGAUAAACCUGAAGUCUGCAUUAUUGAGCUUGGUGGCACUAUUGGUGAUAUUGAAGGAAUGGCGUACUUGUCAGCAUUCGAACGAUUCCAACGUCCAACAUUGAAGAACCAUCUGAUGAAUGUGCACGUCUCCUUGAUUCUUCAUCCAAACGCCACCGGCGAGCCAAAAACGAAGCCGAUGCAGAACUCUGUCCGCCAUCUAAGAGCCGCCGGCCUUGUGCCGGACCUUCUGAUUUGCCGAUCGACUGAAGCGUUGGAGCCGCACCUACGCGAGAAGAUAGCCAGAUUCGGCAUGAUGGAUUUGGAGCAGGUCGUCGGAGUUCACGAUGUCUCCAAUAUAUACAAGGUUCCUUUGUUGCUUGAGCAACAAGGUGUUCUACAGGCGAUUGUUAAUCGCCUGCAAUUGCAUCCGAUUAACGAUGAGGUCAAGAAGAACUUGAAGUUCAAUAUGACACAUUGGACGAAUUUAUCAGAAUUGUGCGACACGUUCACUGAAGAAGUCGUCAUCGCAUUGGUCGGCAAAUACGUGAAAAUAGCCGACGCCUACGCGUCAGUGAACAAAGCGCUAUCGCACGCGGCGGUACACGCGAAGCGAAAACUCAAAAUAGUGUAUGUCGAUUCGGAGCAAUUGGAAGAUAAGCCGGGAAAUGAGGAGCUCAAAGAGGCGGCGUGGAAACUUGUCAAAGAAGCUGACGGAGUUAUUGUGCCUGGUGGAUUUGAUAAGCGCGGUGUUGAAGGGAUGAUCAGAUGCGCUGAAUACUGCAGAAAUCAUAAUGUUCCAUAUCUUGGGGUGUGCCUUGGAAUGCAAGUUGCUGCGAUUGAAUUCGCGCGCAACGUUUUGGGUAUCAAAGACGCGAAUUCGACGGAAUUUGCGCAGAAUUUGAGCGACGAUCAGCAGAUUGUCAUCGAUAUGCCCGAGCACAAUGUUGAGGAGAAGGGUCUUGGCGGAACAAUGCGGCUUGGAAGGCGAUCGACGGUGUUCCUUACCGAUGAUUGCAUUCUUCACAAAUUGUACAAUUCGCACGUCGUCGAGGAGCGUCAUCGUCAUCGCUAUGAAGUGAAUCCGCGAGUUGUGCCAAGCAUGGCGCGUCGCGGAUUUCUGUUCGUCGGAAUGGGUGUCGACGAGCAAAACACAGCGAUAUGGGAUGUGAAGAAGCGCACCGAGAGCAGCACGCAGCUCGUCGAGCUCGCCGACAAAGAUCAGGAUCUAUUGAACAAAAUCGACGAACUUUGCAAACGCGGCGGCGAUGGUGUGACGAGGCCCGCUGUGAGAAUGGAGAUGUUCGAAAUAAAAGAUCAUCCGUACUUUGUUGGAGCGCAAUUCCAUCCCGAAUAUUUGUCGCAUCCAUUACAGCCGAGCCCAUUGUUCUAUGGGCUUUUGCUAGCCGCCAGCGGACAGUUGAAGAAUUACAUGAAUGAAUGCAAGGUUCCGACGCCAACGCUAUCCGCUGUCAACGAAGAUCACGAGUUCAAGGAGAACGGCAGAAGCGAUGUGAUCGGAGCGAUGCUGGAGAAGAUGAAGCUCGGCUCGGACAACGAGCCACCGAAGCGAAUUGUCUCGUUUCACUAGAAAUCGACUGUUAUUAUCAUGGCGGCGUAUAGACUUGGUGAUCUCCUCGAAAAGAUGAAUAGCCAUGACAAGGACUUUCGGUUCAUGGCAAUUAAUGAUUUGAUUCGCGAGCUGAAUGAGAACUCGAUUCGUUUGGAAGACGAUUCGUCGUAUAAAAUUGUGAAAGCCGCUGUGAAAUUGCUCGACGACAAAAUCGGCGAAGUGCAGAAUUUGGCGAUCAAAGGAAUCGCGGCGAUGGUGCCGAAAAUUCGGCCGCUCGAUGUGAACUAUAUUGUGGAGAAUGUCGCCAGUUUUCUGCUGACUCAGCCGAAUGAGCAGACGCGCGAUGUUCACACAUUGGCAAUCAAGGCGGUGAUUCAGAAUUUGCCGUCGGUCAAUCCGUCGAGCCAAUACCUCUCAGUGGUGCGCUCGCUUAUUCAGAAGUUCAUCGAUCCGCUGAGCAAAGAACGAGCCGAUCACAAGAUUGACGACAACGCGCGAAUUGAUGCGAUUGAUCUGAUUGGAGAGAUUUUGUUGCGUUUCGGCGAUGCGUUUCCUGAAAUGCACAAUGAAAUUCACGCGAUUCUCGACAAACAGCUCGGCAUGUCGCGACAAUCGAUCCGAAAACGCGCCAUCGUCGCGAUCGGCUAUUUGACGUCGGUGGCGUCGCCGUCGCUGUAUGACAACGUUGUCGGCGGACUGUUGGCGAAACUCGAGACGGCGAAAUCGGCCGAAUACGCGCGCACCUAUAUUGUCGCGCUCACCAACGUCGCCAAAGCGAGUGGCGCCAAAUUCUCGGCGCAUUUGCCAAAGGUUGUUCCUCAUCUGAUUCGAUUCUUGAAAGAGUCGGAUGAUGACGAUUUGAAGGAGGCUGCGUUGCAGGGACUUGAGGUCUUCUUGUACAGAUGCCCGGCUGAGGUCGUUGCGUUCCAAUCAGAUAUUCAAGAGGUUCUUGGUACGAAUAUUACGUAUGAUCCGAACUAUGAGUAUGGCGAGGAUGAGGACGAUGAGAAUAUGGAAGAAGAGGACGAUGAGGAUGAAAUGAGCGAUGAUGACGAUAUUACGUGGAAAGUUCGACGUGCUAGCGCGAAAGCGAUUGAAGCGAUGAUUAGUUCUCGCCGAGAAUCGCUUUUGGAUUAUGUAUCGACACUUGGACCGCUUUUGAUUUCGAGAUUCAAGGAGAGAGAAGAGACGGUUCGAAACGAGAUUAUUUCCGCCUACAUCGCGCUUCUUUCCCAAUUGACGAUAGUGAUACCGAAUGUGCACGCGGCUCUCGUGAGCACCGACGACGGCGAAAUGAUGCAGGCCGACGAUGUGGUGAUGAUCGGCAACGCGCAAUUCUCGACGAUGUACCUCUCACCGGAGCAGAUCAUUGUGCUCAAGGCUCUCGUCGAACAGAAGGAUAAGCUUUUGAAGGCGAUCGUCAAGAUCAUGCGAAAGAAUGCGAAGAGCGGAUCGAAAUGUUUGGAGUUGUUGGCGGCGCUAGUCAAGCUUUAUCCGGGCGCACUUUCGGAGUUUCUUGCCGAUUUGAUGCCGGGCAUUUACAAGAUCAUCAGCGACAAGACGACGACAGCGCAGGGCAAGAUGAACGUGCUCGACAUCACGCUGAAAGCGCUCAACUCGCACUCGUAUCUCGAUUUUAAGCCGCAUCUUGGUGCCGUCACGUCGAUAUUGGUGUUCGCCAUCGACGAUCAGUUUUAUAAGGUUUCUGCCGAGGGUCUUACGGUGACGGCGACAUUCGCCGAGAUUUUGCACAAAUGCGAUGAUCACGAGCAGAUUGGCAAACUUUUCACGGUGGUCAGCGGAAAGUUUAUGUCGAACGACACGGAUCAGGAUGUUCGUGAGAAAUCGAUAAUUGCGAUGAGUCGAAUUGCGGCGUUGUUCCGCGAUCAAUUCGCCGCCCAGAUUCCGGCGAUUCUCGACAAGCUGACAGAGCGAAUUGGACGAGAGAUGACGUGCCUUGUGGCGACGAAGUGCGCGUCGGAGAUGAUCGCGUCGAAAAUUCAAUUUCCGAUCAAUUUGCUUCAAACCAUUCUGGAGCACAUUUCCGAGUUUUUGAAGAAGAUGUCGAGAUCGUUGAGACUCACUUCGCUCACAUUUGUCCAGAAGCUUUUGCUCAACAUGGAAACGAAUCAGAUUCCUGAAUUGGAAAUGUCGAAGGUUAUCGAGGAGCUUCCGAAUUUGAUCAACGAGAAUGAUCUUCAAAUCACGAAUCGCGCAUUGGCGUGCCUCAGCGUAUCGAUUUUGGACCUGCCCAAUUUGUCGGAGCCAUUUUUGCCGAAAAUCAUCGACAGCGUUGUGAGGCUCGUCCAAUCGCCGCUCCUACAGGGCAACUCGCUGUCGGCUCUCACCGACCUGUUCGCCAGCAUCGUGAAGUCGAGAAUCGCCAAGAAGCCGUCGUUUGAGAGGCUUCUCGACGCUGUUUCGGCGCCGGUUUAUGACGUCAAGAAUCUCUCGCGACAAUCGCAUUCGGCGAUUUCGAGUUGUGUUUCGAUUAUAGCUGAAACUACGCAGGAUUUGUCGAAGAGUCGAUCAUUGGCGUCGAAACUUGCCCAGGAGCUCACCGAUCCGAAAUCGGCGGAUUCGAUUCGUCUUUUCGCGUUGUGCGCUCUUGGUGAGCUCGGAAGACGUCAGCCGGAGGUGUUCGAUGAUGGAAAAAUCCAGCCUGAACAAUUGGCGGUCGAGGCGUUCAAUUCGACGUCGGAAGAUUUGAAGAGCGCGGCGGCGUUGGCGCUCGGCGCGCUCGCCGUCGGCAAUCUCCAAAAAUAUUUGCCGUUCAUUCUCGAUCAGAUUCGAGUGCAAUCGCGAAAACAAUACCUGCUGCUUCAUGCGCUCAAAGAAGUGAUUGUCUGGGAAUCGGCCGAGGCGAACACCACUCAGCUGUUCCAUUCGGCGCUUCCCGACAUUUGGGAGAUGCUUAUAAAGAAUGCCGGUGUUCAGGAGGAUGGAACGAGAAGCGUCGUUGCUGAAUGUCUUGGUCGCCUCUGCUCAUUUGACGCGGAAAUCCUUUUGCCGAAAUUGAAGGAGCACGUUUCGUCUCAGGACCCGAUCAUUCGCUCUGCGGUUGUGUCGGCGAUCAAAUAUAUGAUAAACGACGACAAACAUGGCGGCUAUUCGGCACUUCAGAAGCACAUUGGCGAUUUUUUGGCGACGAUUCGCGAUUCGGAUGCCGGCGUUCGACGUGUCGCGCUCGUCGUGUUGAACUCGACGGUCCAUAACAAGCCGAGUUUGAUUCGCGAACUUUUGCCGGAUUUGAUACCGGCGAUCUACGAGGAGACGAAAUUCCGGCCGGAAAUGAUCAGAGAGGUCCAAAUGGGACCAUUCAAGCAUCAAGUCGAUGAUGGUCUCGAUCUUCGCAAAUGCGCCUAUGAAUGUAUGUACACCCUUCUUGAGACGUGCGUCGACAAAAUCGACGUCAGCGAGUUUCUGUCGUUUGUCGAAGUCGGCCUCAAGGAUCCGAGUCAUGAAGUGCGAUUGUUGAACUUCCUCACACUUCAGAAGUUGUCGACGAUCGCGCCCGGACAACUCUUGCAGAGACUUGAUAAAAUAUGCGAGCCGUUGAAGUCGUUGCUCGGCAGCCGCACGAAUAGUGGAGCGAUUAAACAGGAGAUUGAGAAGCUCGAGGAGCUCAAAAAGGCGGUGAUUCGUGUCAUUUUCUUGUUGAAGUCGCGCCUGCCCGACGUUGACAAGAAUCAGCAGUUCUUCGAUCUUUACAAUACGGUCACGCAAAACAAUGACUUGAAGUUAAUCUCGGAAUGUGUGAUUCGUGAAUCGCAACGCGCCGUCGUCUACGACGUUCCAAUGGAAACCGCCUAA